AUGCAGCGUGGUGUUGCACAGAGUACAACCGGAACUCGAUGGACAAAUGGAAUUGUACCUUAUGUUAUGUCGACUGAUUUCACUGGUCAACAACAAGCACUUAUAACUGGUGCUAUGAGAAAUAUAGAACGAUUAACUACCAUCAAUAAUCGUACAUGUGUACAAUUUCGCCCAAAGGUUUCCAAAGAUCAAUAUUUAAUUUUAAUUAAAACAGGCACUGGCUGCUCGUCACAUGUCGGUCAAAAUACAGGAUGGCGUGGUCAAUUGGAAUUGACAUUGCAAGUUCCUACGUCAUCAACAAGUUCGCAUUGUAUGCAACAAGGAACUAUCAUGCACGAACUGUUACAUACAUUAGGUAUGAAUUCCUGCUAAGAAAAAUAUCCAUAGACUUGUUUGAUAAUAUUUUUCAUUCGAAAUGUUAUAGUUAACAUUAAACUCUUUAAUAUA